GGGAACCAAUCCGCGGAGGUCUUCAGGUUGGUGGGCGGAGUCCCUGCGUCUUGGACUGGUUUUAGCUCUUGCUUAGUCGGUGGCUUUCGUAAGCUUGGCAUGUAAUAAAAGAUCGUUGGGCCAUUAGACCUAUUCGACACGCGACGCUAAAGUGCUUUCCAUUGUCGCCAGGAAGCCACUUUCCCGGCAGGGCUCCCGCCACCCAUAAUCUGCGACAAGAAGACGGAGAGCCACCACCACUACCACCACCACAACCACCGUCCAGGACAGUCGUAGCCCGGCUUCCUCCGUCACCACAGCCACCAUCCUGGAGUUCGCGCGUUACGGCAUAUUCAAGUACUGCUGGCACUGUGACACUGACCUGACUGGGCGGAGAGCAGUCGUGCUAGGGCCACACACCGGACAACAUCUCCACGCCUCUCACCAUCCUUUAACGCCAGAAGACAUGAAAGCAGCAGAAGCCAGCCGCGAAAGGUUCGCCUUCAACAAGUCCUACAGCAUUGAGAAUGGUUACCCAGCACGGCGUCGCUCCCUGGUGGUGGACGCGAAGUUCGAGACGACCAUCAACAAGCAACGGAAGCAGUCCUGGAUAGAGGAGGCUCAGCGUCUGUCCUGCGACGGGGAGUUGAGCGAGGAGGAGGUGUUCCUGGUGCAGAGUCCAUGUGAGCCGGACGUCCCUGAGCAAGUGGCCCUCGUGCUGGCUCUCGUCGAUGGCAUCGGCUCUCUCUCUAGGAUCAUCAAGACCAUUGAGAACUUCAAGGGCACAGUGAUGCACGUGGAGACCCGGCCAGCACCUCGCAAGGGAGUGGCGUUCGAUGUUCUCUUCAAGAUCGACAUCCUGAGGGAGCCGCUACUCAAUCUUCUCAAAAGUCUUCGUCAGGGCUCCACCAUCGCCUCCGUCAACCUUCUCUCUGAACGUUACUCCUCCAUCAAGGAACCAUGGUUCCCCAAGCACAUCAGUGAGCUGGACUUGUGUAACCACCUGAUGACCAAGUUCGAGCCAGACCUGGACAUGGACCAUCCAGGAUUUGCUGACAAGGAAUACCGCGCCAGGAGGAAGGAGAUAGCUGACAUAGCUUUCAAUUAUAAAUAUGGGGAGAUGAUCCCCAGGGUAGAGUACCGAGCUGAGGAAAUAGCCACAUGGGGAGAGGUGUUCAGAGAACUGGAGAGACUUAUCCCCACCCACGCCUGUCGUCAGUACCGUGAAGUGUGGCAGAUACUGAAGAAGGAGUGUGGCUACUCUGCCGACUAUAUUCCCCAGCUUGAAGAUGUUUCUAAGUUCAUGAAACGGCGCACGGGGUUCUCCCUGCGGCCGGCCGCAGGACUGCUGACCUCCAGGGACUUCCUGGCGUCUCUGGCCUUCAGGGUGUUCCAGUGCACCCAGUACAUCCGUCAUCACUCCUCCCCUCACCACUCUCCUGAACCGGACGCCAUCCACGAGUUGCUGGGACACGCGCCUCUCUUAGCUGAGCCAGCCUUCGCCCAGUUCUCCCAGGAGCUGGGUCUCGCCUCCCUAGGAGCCACAGACCAGGAGAUCGAGAAGUUUGCCACGAUGUACUGGUUUACAGUGGAGUUCGGGCUGUGUCGUGAGGGUGCAGAGACUCGAGCCUGGGGUGCUGGGCUACUGAGCAGCUACGGAGAGCUGCAACAUUCCCUCUCGGAUGAGCCACAUAAGAAGACCUUCGACCCAGCCAUCACAGCCAUCCAGCCCUACCAGGAUCAGGAUUACCAGGAUCUCUACUUCGUUGCUGACAGCAUUGAGGACGCACAGGAGAAGUUUAGGCGCUGGACCUUCCAGACGAUGAGUCGACCCUACGAGGUGCGCUAUGAACCCUACAGCCAGACGGUGCAGACUCUGGACUCCGUCAAGAAGCUUGAGGAUUUGGGAUGUUACCUCAGCUCCGAGGCCUCACGACUCAACAAUGCAAUCCACAAGAUGAAGUUCUAAGUUUCCCUGAGGAAGCAGAUGGGGAGGAGUAGUUACUGAAGGAAGGUGGAUGUGAAUAACAGAUUAUCUGAGAGUAAUUAAUGGAUACAUUUGAUUAUUUGAAACAGGUGGUUGUGCAGGUAGGUGGUGCUAGUGGGAGGAUAACGCUAGUAAUACUGCUAGACAGUAUAGCAUAAACGUAACCUGUCUCUUUUGUAGUUAAUGCUUUAUGCCUUUAUAAUUUUCACUGUUCUAGUAAUUUUUGCCUCCCAAUUAUCGGUUACAGAUAGACAGUAAUAUGUAAACAAGGGUCUAUCAGCCGGUGUUUACUUAUAUGAUAAACUUCACACCAACAGCUACAACAUCCUCAGCAGUCUUGUCAACACCACACCAUUACAACUGUCUGAAUGAUAAAUUACAACAACACUGCGACCGGAACACCAUUAGUGAGACAGAGCUAAAGCUGGUCACAAUCAUUAACAUGUAACACUCGGAAGAUUCGUCAGUCAUCAACUGUUGAAGCUAGUUAGUUAGUAACACAUUAACCUCGAGUAUGUAACACAUUUCUACACAGGAUUUAUACGCAGGGAGGUGUAUAUCUCCCUGUGUAUAUUCGCACAGUUUAUUGCAAUCCCUGCUUUAGGGAUUAAAGUAUACUUGACCUGUAGUGAACAGGUAACACCACGAUAGUGCACUCAAGAAAACACUGGCACUGAUCCAGGCACUGAAACAAUGUCACUGAUCCAGGUACUGACACACUGUCACUGAUCCAGGCACUGAAACACUGUCACUGAUCCAGGCACUAUAACAUUGUCACUGAUCUAACAACACUAACACAACAACACUAACACAACAUCACUAACACAACAUCACUAACACAACAUCACUUACACAACAUCACUAACACAACAACAUUAACACAACAACACUAACAUAUCACUAACCUAACAUCACUGCAGAGCUCCGUAAUUACAAACGUUUGUUGACAACUAGCUGAGAGAGCUCUGCUCCCCAGCGUUGAAGAUCUGAGUCGCGCACCACCAGGGCUGGACAGUCAGUCGUUGAUGUUGAUGAAGACGACAACACGUAUGUGAAGCCUAAGAUGGUAGUAGCUAUUAGUCAGGUUUGUUGGGGAAGGUCCCAUCCACUGAUGUGACCCCAGGGUGCUCACCAACAUAGUCUGCUAGAUCAAGGCAGCAAUGCUUGUCUUCUUUUCCUAGCCACGAUACUGUUAGUGUGUGCCUCUUAGCACGGGUUCAAAAUAUUAGGGAAACACAUGAAAUACGUUUCUUUUCACCUAUAAAAUUACAUUUUAUCAGUACAGAUGCGGCAGGUUGUUAUGUAUAGGAGAAAAUCUUAAUACAUAAGACAUAAGGCAGUCAGGUCAACACAAAAUAUUUUAGCACUUAUCCUUGUGUUUAUUUUCAGCUUAAUGUUAUAAUCAAACAACGAAUUUUAAUCACAAAAAGUGCAGUGCCCCUAUUUUUGUAAACCUCGUUCAUCUUGAGUUGGCAUAUUAGAAGUUUUAUUAUAUGUGAAUGAUGCCAGCAACACAGUGUUGUUAUUAGUAUAAGUUUUAAUAAAAAUUGGCAAAAAAUUUGAUCUUUUAGCAUAGUGUUUAAGAAGUACUGUAUGCAAACUGAUGCAAUCCCAGAAUAUGCACAGCCUAUGUGAAUCACAUUCUAAUUUUCUCAUUACUCUGCAUCUGUCGAUGUGCCUUUAAUAGAAAUUUUUAGAUACGAUAAGUAAUGACUAGACAUUCCUUCGUAACUUGGGCAACACACAUCAUAACUGCGUGGAGAAGGUGUCUUAGUGCUGGCCAGAGGAAAGCAUCUCUUCUCAGUCAUGUAGAGCUGUCUGUAGUGCCAAUACUUACAGUAAAAAUUGUUAUAAUUAUAAUCUUAAUUUUUUAAUGGGGUGGACGAGUAUGCCAGAUGACCAAAAGUUCCGGUGGUGGGCCAUCAUGUGACCUGCGUCAGGAAGCACUAUUUCCUGAGGAAUAUUACCUAACCUAACGUAUCUACAGUUAUGUAUAGAUAUGGAAUUUGACAUCUGUUGUGAUUUAUUUUGAAUAACAUUAUGAAUAACAUUAUGAGGUGAAGUAGUGAUAUUAUACAUUGACUUUGUUUGUGCUUCCUCUCAGCAUCUAACAUUAAGCAAGUAUAUCUGUGAAGUACGGCUGCAGAGUCACUCAACAUUUGCUACAUAAGAAAACUUGUACAGACUGCAGGGAGGAACAGACAAAUGGCUACUUUAAUUCAGUCACAGAACAUACAAAGUUAGUAAGUUUAUUUAGGUACAGGUACACAUAAGUAGUUAAACAAAUUUAGGCCAUGCAAUAUGCAACAAGUGUAACCGUAAAGGAAUUAACCAGAAAAGUGCAGUCACUAGAGAAAGUGGAACCUUAAAGAGAAAGUAAGGUUAGGUUAGGUUAGGUUAGGUAAGGUUCGUCAGGAAACAGGACAAAUGUUUCCUGACGCGGGUCUUAGUCAGAUGAUGACCCACCUUUGGAGCUUUUGGUCAUCUGACCGAGGCCUUCCGCUGGCUUACCGGUCCACGCCUUUAAAAGUUAUGGUCAUUUAUAACCAUUGUUAGUUUCUAUGGAAACAUAUAUAGAAAGUAACGUAUUUCAAAAUACGGUGAGGAAAAGUAAUUAAAGCAAAACUAAUUACUGCAUUUUUUCCGAGCAUCCAAAUAAUCUUGUGUUUAAGAUUUUAUAUAGGAAAAUCUUCUUUGUUUUCACUUGUGUUGAAGAAUGUGACCUAGAUUAAGCUGAUCAAUAUUCUUUAGCGAGAAAUAUUCCCGUUUACAGCGCGCUAUGUCCACUGAUCUCUAGAAUAUAUGGUAAGAUAAUAAUAUUUUGUGUCUGAUUACAGCAGUGAUAAUAUGUAAUAAUAAUAAUAAUGACAACAUUAAUAAUAAUAAUAACAAUAAUAAUAAUAAUAAUGAAUAAAGUAGAAAACUGAUUCAUAACAUUUAUAAAAAAAUAUUAAUCAGUAAGAUGGUGUAUGUGAGGUAAUGUGGCAGAUCGUGGUGUAACUAGCUGCAGUGGUAGUGAAAACUUGUCAAAUUUAGCUUAGGAAUGCUAGACUAGUUCAGUGUCAUACGUCCUUUAUUUAAUCCAGUGAUGCAUGACUCCAUUAAUUUAGGAAUCAUCUGUAUGAUGGACUGCAUUAGGGCAAGAGACAUGCAGUAAUGCAUGUCAGCCCAUGGUAAUGACAUCCCACCUCAUUCACAUCUCAGACAUGAUUUCUGAUGACGUGAGCAGUCAUCUGUUUUCAGAGUACUGUAUACAAAUACUUUCAUCACCUGUUGAAUAAUAGCAUAAAUAUAUUAAUCAUUUACCGAGCACAGGAAUAUUUUUAGUCGCCAGUCAAGAAGUAGUUCUCAGUCUUGUUUACCACCUAGAUGAGUUUUGAAGUCGUGAGUCUACAAAUACAUGUGAGUGCUGCAUCUUACCCAUCAUAUAUAUAAGACACCAUUAUUACUCACACCACCAAUGUACCCUAACUGGUCCAUCUUGUAGAGAUGUCUAGUCUAACUAACUAUAUUACUGUCCUAGCAUUUAAUAAAAAAAUA